AUGACAAUUCAAAAUGGGGAUAGUCUGGCGAUGCAUGUCGCCAAUAAUGAUCGAGUUGCCGGAAAAGUUGACCAAGAUGAUGGUGAGAUAGAUGGGGCUGCCGGAGGGGAUGACCAAGAUGAUGGUGAAGAAGCAGAUGGAGUUGCCGGAAUAGUUGACCAAGAUGAUGGUGGGAUAGAUGGGGCUGCCGGAGAGGAUAACCAAGAUGAUGGUGAAACAGAUGGAGUUGCCGGAAUAGUUGACCAAGAUGAUGGCGAGAUAGAUAGGGCUACCGGAGGGGAUGACCAAGAUGAUGGUGAAACAGAUGGAGUUGCCGGAAUAGUUGACCAAGAUGAUGGGGCUGCCGGAGAGGAUGACCAAGAUGAUGGUGAAAUAGAUGGAGUUGCCGGAAUAGUUGACCAAGAUGAUGGGGCUGCCGGAGGGGAUGACCAAGAUGAUGGUGAAACAGAUGGAGUUGCCGGAAAAGUUGACCAAGAUGAUGGUGAGAUAGAUGGGGCUCCCGGAGAGGAUGACCAAGAUGAUGGUGAAGGAGAUGGAGUUGCCGGAAUAGUUGACCAAGAUGACGGUGAGAUGGAUGGAGGUGUAGUGGCCGGCCAAGAUGGGGUGGCCGGAGUUGCAUAUUGA